AUGGCUGCAAUUUCAACAUUGAGAUUCAUCGGUAAAUUUAUAUUUUCACAUUCGAAUCCCAAGGAUCCAAAAUAUGGUAAGGUUGUGCAUCCAUUAUUUUGCUUUCUGAUAAGUUCAGUGAGUUACAUGUAUGGAAGCAUAAAACUGGAAAGUUAAAAUAAAGAGGGAAUAGAAGAUUUUUAAGAAUCACAAAAUACAAGAAACUUAAUUGCAUUAGGAAUCCUAUUCUAUGUGUUGCUAAUUGUAAUUGCUAGAUUCGGUUAAGCAAAAUUCACAAUAUUUUAUGAAUUAAUGUGGGCUUGCAAUUUGAGUUUAAUUAGUUCUGCAUAUGCAUUCUGGAAAAAUAAACCAUUGAUAUUGGCAGCCAGCAUGAUAUUGGUGUCUAUCGAUUAAGUGUUGUGGUACGUGGAUUUAUUGGCAUAUUCUUUAUUUAAAGUUUGGCCUAUUGGAGUGGCAAAAUAUUUGACAUGGCCAUCAACUACGAAGUUGAGAUUGCUAACCUCCUUUCAUCAUAUAUUUUAUUUGCCACUCUGCUUGUACUUCCUAAGAAAUCAGUAAGGAAUCCCAAUGUCAGCAUGGCAAAUAAGCAUAGGCAUGAGCACAAUUCUGACUAUAGUUUCAAGACUAUUGACUCCGAAAUCAAUAAUGUUGAAGGGACAGAAAGAAGAAAUCUAUUUGAAUUUAAACUUAUCAAGACAAUUGUGGAAAGACAUCCCGUUUAAAAUCUUAACUAUAGCUGAUGACAAACCAUGGUACUUGGCUUUACCUUUUUUGAGUUUUAUGUGGAAUUCUGGCAAUUAUAUUCUUGGGUAUCAAUUAUUAAACAGAAUAUCGAAAUAUAUGAAUUAAUGA